UCAACAUUUUUGUAAUUUAGGAUCUGGUAACACUUAAGCACAAUGUGAUUUUUAAAAACCAUAAUAUUGAUGUUUAAAAGUAAUUGAAACUAAACACGACUAGAACAAUGAAAUAACAUAAGCCAUUAAAUCACAGUGAAUAAUAAUGAUAUUAUUCAAAGGAAUUCGGAGGGUGCAAACCCAGCUAAAAACGCCGGUUGAUUUGGUGCUUAUUCGGUACUCCACUGCUGCAACAAUAUCUGCCCAUGAUGACAAAGGUAUCAAUCCAUUGCCGACAGAGUCCAAGGCGGUAAAGGUCCAGCAUUUACCAGAAACUAAAAUUUCUUGGAUGCCGAGCCCGUACACCAUCCCCGGAAAAACGUUCAGUCAGUACAAGAAGCUAUCCAAAUUCCGACUGACAUCUCUGGUUGUUAUAACAACAAUGGGGGGUUAUGCGAUGGCACCAGCUGCCUUUGAUCCCACCACUUUUGCGAUGUGCACCGUGGGCACCGGACUCGUUUCGGCUGCGGCAAAUGCCAUAAAUCAGUAUCACGAAGUUCCUUUCGAUUCCCAAAUGUCAAGGACGAAGAACCGAGUGCUCGUCACGGGACAAAUGACUCCUCUGCACGCCGUCACCUUCGCUGCGGUGUCGGCAACUGCUGGAUUAAGUAUGCUUUAUUUCGGUGCAAAUGGAUUAACAGCAGCGCUGGGAGCAGGAAAUCUAUUCCUCUACACCACGAUUUACACGCCCAUGAAACGAAUGAGCAUAGUUAACACCUGGGUCGGUUCGAUUGUGGGAGCCAUUCCUCCUCUGAUGGGUUGGGCUGGAUGCGCUGGCACUCUGGACGCCGGAGCCAUGAUCCUAGCCGGAAUUCUCUACGCGUGGCAGUUCCCACACUUCAACGCUCUAUCAUGGAACCUCCGGCCAGAUUACUCGCGUGCCGGCUACCGGAUGAUGGCCGUUACAAAUCCUGGUCUUUGUCGCCGCACCGCCUUACGAUAUUCGGUGGCUAUUGCCGGACUGUCGGUAAUGGCACCAGUUUUAGACGUCACGAACUAUUGGUUUGCUUUGGAAACACUACCUCUGAACGCGUAUUUCACCUACCUCGCAUAUAAGUUUUAUGAAAAAUCGGAUAGCGGAAGUUCACGGAAGCUUUUCCGAUUUUCAUUAAUCCACCUGCCCGCCCUGAUGUUGCUGUUUCUGGCCAACAAGAAGGAAUGGUAUUUCAGCAAACCCACAGGAGAAGAAAAGAAGAAGGAUUCAGCUUACAUCGCAAUAAAACAGUCUGCUAGUAGUCUUGGAAACGUCCUACCGGUCGCCGUAGCUGAAGCCCCGAGAUAGUAAUAUUUAUAUUGAUACGAAAAAUGUAUCGAAAAAAAUAUACUUAGUGUUCUUCAACUUGUAAAAAAAAUAGUUGUUUUACGUGAAGCGAAAACAUACCUCAGAGGUGCAAAUAUUUCUUGCUUCACAAUAAUAAAUGACUCCACGUUCUUGAUAA